CCUUGUCAAUUCGUGACCUUUGUGAAACUAUAGUAGAAAGAUUAAAAAUUAAUUAUGGCGAUCUUUUACCUUCUGAUAUUAAUAUUCCAUCCGAUGAAUUGAUUCGCCUUCAAUUUUGCCCUAUGAAUGCUACCACAAUUGAAGAUGCGCAUUAUUGUGCUGCACUCUUCCAAUAUCUCAGAGAAUUUUGUAUUAAAUACCGUCAAUGGACUUGUUUAAUUUCUGCAGAUGAUAAGCAUAAAGUUCCUAUCAGGGAAGAUGUUGCAGUUUCUACAA